AUGCCCUACACCGUCUACGACGCCUCCGUGAUUGCCUCCAAGCACAUCCUCACCGCCCUCCAGGGUAUCCUCACCAAGGCCGAGGAGCACCCCGACGGCGCCUCAUUCGCCGAGCGUCGCCUCGCCCCGGACAUGCUGCCGUUCUCCUUCCAGAUCUGGUCCGUCUGCGCCGUUGCCGAGGCGCAGGCCCUCACCCUGCAGCAAAAGGAAGCCGUGCGCAGGGAGUACGAGGAGGCACCGCUGCCGACGUACGCCGCGAUGCGCGCGCGGAUCGAGCAGGUGCUGGCCCUGCUGGAGACGGUGGACCGCGAUGCGGCCGUCGCGGCUGGGGACAUGACGACGACCAUUGAUUUCAAACGGUCCAUUGGCAAAAAGGAGCUUACAGGCGCUGCGUUUUGCGCGGGGGCGGGGAUCCCAAACAUGUACUUUCACGCGACGAUUGCUUAUGCGAUUUUGAGGAACGCGGGUGUGGAAUUGGGCAAGUUUGACUACCUCGGGCCGUUCUUUGGGGGCAACAUUGGCAUGUAG